AAAAUGAGUCAAUUAUGCCAACAGACUGAUGCAAUUUGCAAAUAAACUCGCGAUCCAAACCCUACCUGGGAACCUGCUCCUGAUUCCACCCAAUCUACUCUUCUACCUCGCCCGCCGCCGUCCCCCAGCUCCGGCCAUAAGGAUGAGGAUGGUUGGUUUGACUGGCGGCAUUGCAUGCGGGAAGAGCACCAUCUCCAAUCUCUUCAAAUCCGAAGGCCUCCCCGUUGUUGAUGCCGACGUCGUUGCCCGGGAUGUAGUGAGGAAAGGUACUGGAGGUUGGAAGAAAGUUGUAAAGGCAUUUGGGAAUGAUAUCUUACUAGAGAAUGGGGAAAUUGAUAGAGCACGCUUGGGUCAAAUUGUAUUCACAGAUCCAACAAAACGCCAGCUUUUGAAUCGUCUAUUGGCUCCAUAUAUAUCCUUUGGCAUCUUUUGGGAAGUACUGAAGCUAUGGAUAAAGGGCUCGAAGGUUAUAAUCCUUGACAUCCCAUUGUUGUUUGAGGCUAAGAUGGAUCGAAGAACAUCUCCAAUCAUCGUCGUAUGGGUUGAUCCUGAAACCCAGGUGUCUCGCCUCACGGCAAGAGACGGUAUAUCCGUAGAAGAAGCAAGAAACAAAAUAAAUGCACAAAUGGCACUGGAUUUGAAGAGAAAAAAGGCGGAUAUAACCAUUGAUAAUUCUGGUACAAUCGAAGAAACAAGAUUGCAGUUCCAAAAGGUUCUGAGCCAAAUCAAUGGACCUUUAACUUGGAAAGAGUAUGCCCUAUCAAGAGAUGGCUUCCUUUGGAUUCUUGCUUCUGCAAUUGUAGGUGCUUUGGCAGUGCACAAAAGUUUGACAUGAUAUUGAUCCAUGCUUGUCCUGGCCAAAAGACUUGAUAUUCUGCUUGAAGAAUAAUUUUUUAGUAAAAUUAUUAAAAGCAGUAUAAUUAGUUUCAUACAACAAA